AUGCUGCUGCUGCUGCAGCAGGCCAAGAUCAAGGGCGAGCGGCCGGCGGACGCGUCGUUCCUGCCGCUGUCGCUGGCCAUGGCCUGCCUGCUGCGCCAGCUGCCCGCGGGCCUGGCGCCCCCCGCCGGUGGCCUGUCGUUCCACCAGCUGGACCGCCUGCCGCAGGAGGCGCUGGAGCGGAAGCUGGCCGCCAUGUUGCUGGACGAGCCGCUGCGCGCCUUCACCUUCGUGUGCGCGCUGGUGCGGUACGCCAAGCUCGCGCGCCGGCUGCUGGGCGUCUGCCACGAGCACAUGAGCAACCGCCGCACGACGGUGCAGGCCACGCAGGCCGUGGUGCAGGCCGUCGUGGAGGCGCUGCCUGUGGAGACUGAAGAAGAAGCAGAGGAAGUGAAGGAGAAGAAAGUGGACGAGAAGCAAGAGACAAAGCCAGCUGCUGCUGAUGAAAGACCAGCCCUUAAAAAGGAACGUAGUGCUGUUAAAGUUAGUGAGAACAGACCCGAAAGCAGAAGCGUUGCUGCCGCUGCUUCUGCGGCGGCUGUGGCUGCGGACCCGGCGGCCAUCAUGCGUCGAGCUGUGGGGAGGGAUGUGGGCGACGGCAGCGCGGUGCUGGAGAUCAUGAGGAAGUUCCCGACGGACGUUCGCAUUCAGGCGCACGGGGUGCGAGCGUUGAAGGGCGUGGUGCGGAGUACGGCUACGGCUUCUGAGGCGGAGAAGCCGACGCGGGACGCGUUCCUGACCACUGGUUCUGCUUCUAAGGAGGAGGGGGAGGGACUUGUUCAUGGCACGCAGAAGGCGGAGACAAGCGCGCGACUCGUCAUCCAGAUGGUCAUUGACAAGAUGAAGCAGUUCCCAGAGUCACUGCCGCUGCAGCGCGAUGGAUUGUUGUGCCUCGCCGAGUACGCGAAUCAAGCUGACGAGCACAUUCCAGUCAUUACAUCUAGCGGUGGCAUCAUCUCGCUCAUUGAUGCGAUGGUCGCUCUUCCGGACGACGUGCCUGCCAACAUGGCGGGGUUGUCGGUACUUGCGCACCCCAAAAUUGCAGAUGAGGCGGUGGUACGAGUGAACCCGGAAAGCCGCCGUCUCGUACUCUCAGCCAUGGAGAGAUUUCCUUUGAAUGAACAAGUCCAGGGUUUGAGUUGCUUAGCGUUGGCGAACUUGAGUCUGCGUCAAGAUACAAGCAUGCUUGAAAUUGUAUCGAAAGGUGGCCUCGAGAUUGUUGUCGAAAGCAUGAAGAGGUUUAAUACGACAGCCCUGGUUCAAGCGGCAGGAUGCUGGUUCAUAGCGAUUGUCAGCGGCAAAAGUGGUGAGAGGACUCGAAAUACGUACUUCACUUUGAGUUAUAGAUGUACUAAUCAACCGUGUUAUAAAUCACUGAAGAGGAGAUGA